CCAAGAGAAAUACUACUUACUGUCAAGAAGGUGUCAGCUAACUUGAUCUUCUUGUCUAAACCACCGCCUUGUCUUGAAUCAUUUCAACCAUAUCUAUAAUCUACCUAAACUAACUACUAUCCUGAAAAACAAAGGCUUUUGCUUUUCAUGUUUCUGCAUUUUUUUGCUUAAUUAGCUAGCUCUGAUGAAGAAACACCAGAAGCCUCCUCGUUUCUUGCUUGUUCUUGUUCUUGUUUCCAUAAUUCUUUUUUGCCAACAACCCAUUUUAGCAACUGACUUUGUCUACAAUGGGUUCAAUUCGUCUAGUUUGCUUCUUUACGGCUAUGCUGUUAUUGAAUCUCGCAUUCUUUCUCUUACUAAUGAAACUACUUUCACAAUUGGUCGUGCUUUAUAUCCGUCAAAAAUACGCACCAAAGAUCCAAAUUCAUCUUAUGUGUAUCCCUUUUCUACUUCUUUCAUUUUUGCCAUGGCCCCUUACAAGAAUGUUCUUCCAGGACAUGGGUUGGUUUUCAUUUUUGUGCCAAUUGCUGGCAUAGAAGGUACGACAACAGCUCAGAAUUUAGGCUUGUUUAAUAGAACAAACGAUGGUGAUCCCAAUAAUCAUGUGCUUGGGAUCGAGUUUGAUGUGUUUUCCAAUCAAGAAUUCAAUGAUAUUAAUGAUAACCAUGUUGGUAUUGAUGUGAAUUCUCUCACAUCAAGAUUUGCAGAAGAUGCAGGAUAUUGGCUUGAUGAUAGAAGGAGCAGCAGCGAAGACAUGAAGUCAUUCAAGAGACUGAAGCUAAAUAAUGGUGAAAAUUAUCAAGUUUGGAUUGAUUAUGCAGAUUCUUUAAUUAAUAUUACUAUGGCACCUGUUGGUACGAGAAGGCCUAGCCGGCCUUUGUUAAAUGUUUCUAUUGAUCUUUCUGGUAUUUUUGAGGAAGAGAUGUAUGUUGGGUUUACAGCAUCAACAGGAAGACUUGUUGAGAGUCAUAAAAUUCUUGCUUGGAGCUUUAGCAAUUCAGAUUUUUCAUUAAGUGAAAGGUUGAUUACAGUUGGGUUACCAUCGUUUGUUCUUCCAAAGGGUUCAUUUUUUCGGUCUAAAGGGUUCAUUGCAGGAGCUACAGCUGGAAGUUUUGUUGUUAUUGUCUCUGCUGCUUUGAUUACUUUGUUCUUUAUUAGGAGGAAGCAGAGGAAGGCAAGGGAAAGAGCUGAUAUAGAGGAAUGGGAAUUGGAAUAUUGGCCCCAUCGAAUUACAUAUCAAGAAAUUGAGGCAGCAACAAAGGGAUUCAGUGAAGAAAAUGUCAUUGGCAUUGGAGGAAAUGGAAAGGUCUACAAGGGUGUAUUGCCAGGAGGCGCUGAGGUCGCAGUGAAGCGAAUUUCCCAUGAAAAUGAUGGAAUGAGAGAAUUUUUGGCUGAAAUCUCUAGUCUUGGAAGACUAAAACACAGAAAUUUAGUUGGGCUGAGAGGUUGGUGUAAGAAAGAAAAAGGAAGUUUCAUGUUGGUCUAUGAUUAUUUAGAAAAUGGAAGUUUGGAUAAAAGGGUGUUUGAUUGUGAUGAAAGCAAAAUGUUAAGCUGUGAAGAGAGAAUAAGGAUUUUGAAAGAUGUGGCUUCAGGAGUGUUGUAUUUGCACGAAGGAUGGGAGUCUAGAGUCCUACACAGGGACAUUAAGGCUAGCAACGUGUUACUUGACAAGGAUAUGAAAGGAAAGAUCGGUGAUUUUGGCCUAGCCAGGAUGCAUAGCCAUGGUCAAGUGGCUAGCACCACAAGAGUGGUUGGAACAGUGGGGUACUUAGCGCCUGAGGUGGUUAGAAGUGGUAGAGCAUCAAGUCAAACAGAUGUAUUUGGUUUCGGGGUCUUGAUUUUGGAAGUAAUAUGUGGCAGAAGGCCUAUAGAGGAAGGGAAGCAACCUUUAGUAGAAUUGGUAUGGCAGUCAAUGAUGCGGGGGCAACUACUGGAUGCUCUUGAUCCCCGGAUAAAGGCUAGAGGAGGAUUUGACGAGGAAGAGGUAGAAAGAGUACUUCACUUAGGCCUGCUCUGCGGAUAUCCUGAUGCUAGUGUCAGGCCAACAAUGAGGCAAGUGGUGAAGAUUUUGGAGGGGAAAAACGAGGCUAAUGAGACUGAAACAGAAGAUAUGGAUGCAUAUUUGCUGCAAUAUGUGAACUCUAAGGAAAUGUGGUUGGAUUAUUCUCAGAGAUUGGGAUAUUCAUCUCACCCAACAUUUGAAGAUAUCAGACAAUCAUCUUCCAUGUCUCUUUCUUGGACCAAUAGCGUAAUAGUCGAUGAUUUCCGAAGCCAGACAACAAGGCUGGGGAGGCAGCUGCAGAUGUUGGGACAAAUGAGAUUCAAGACCACAUAAACUUGAAAUUGCUGGUGGGAAAGGAGCUUUGACAUUAAUUCAGCUCUUUUUAUUUUUGUUUUGUUUUGUUUUAAUAUGUUGAUUCAUUUUUGUUGGCAAACUUUGUUUGCACAAUUGUUAUAUAUAUGUACAGGAAAUCGGUAUUCUGAGAUUAGAGGAUAUGAGUUUUGAAUAUUGUUUUCAGUGUUUCAUUGAAAUA